CUUAGAUUGGCCAAUAUGCUGAAGAAACUGAAGUGCAUGGAGGCCGCAGCAGCAGCAGCUGCUGCCGCUGCCGCCGCUGCCAGCAGCAAUGCCAAGCACAUCAAGACGGAGCCCAUCGAUUUCGAGCUGCUGCAGCUGGAGGAGCAGGAGCGACGCCAAACGGAACCGAGCAGCAGCAAUAACAACAACAGCAGCAACAAUGUUACGCCGCAACGCUAUACGCACGUGCAGGUGCAGACAGUGCCGCCGCGCCAGCCCACCGGCCUGACCACGCCCGGCGGCACACAGAAGGUGAUACUGACGCCGCGCGUCGAGUACGUGCAGCAGCAGCGCGCCACCAGCAGCAACAGCAACAGCAGCAGCAACAAGCAAAUCUAUGCAGAGACAGCAACAGCAACAGCUGCCCCGCAGAUCAUAAUAACGCGCACGCUGCCUGCAACGCAGUCGCACGGGCAUCUGCCGAGGCGCCACUCCGCCAGCCCCUCCGCCGUGCACUAUCAACAGCCGCAGCAACAGCAGCAGCAACGUUUACCUGCCUCCCCUCCUCCGCUGCAUCAUCAGCUAGAGGAGCAACAGCAGCAGCAACAGUUGCAGCACCAACAGCAACAACAACAUCAACAGCAGCAGCAGCAACAGUUGCAGUUGCAUCAGCGCUCCUCUGCCGUGCGCGUCAUACGCGACGGUCGCCUCUAUGAUGAAUCUCUGUCGCCCGGCAGCGCUUGCAACGUUGUGGCACGCCGCCUUUCCGUGUCGCCGCCGCCGUUGCAUCACCAUUCGCGUUCCGCGCCCGUCUCGCCCGUCAUCAAUCGGCGCGCGGCCUAUGCAGAGCAGCCGACGCAUGUGCAGUACCAACAGCAGCAGCGCCAGCAGACGCCGCCAGCCACGCCUCCGCCACCGCCGCCGCUGCCGCCUCCUGCGCCGCAGCAGCUCUUCGUUAACGCUGCGCCGCCCACAGCGGCCGCUCGCAAAUUUGUGGUCAGCACAAGCACACGGCAUGUCAAUGUUAUUGCUGCCAACCACUAUCAGCAACAGCAGCAACAACAACAGCAACAUCAGCAGCAACACCAGCACCAGCAGCAGCAGCAGCAACAUCAUGUCAUUGCCAAUGUCAGCUCCAGCAGCGCCUCGCCCGCAUCCGCCUCCUCCUCCUCCUCCUCCUCCACCUGCCCAGCAACGUCCUCGUCCGCGCACAUAUUUCGCACGCCUAUCGUCUCCAGCAGCAGCAACAGCAACAGCAACAAUCACUGUCAACAACAGUUGCCAACGCACCAUCUUCACAGCAACAACAAUAACAACAACAGCAAUAACAACAACAGUUCGGCUAUGCGACCACCUCCGCCACCGCCGCCGCCCAAGCUAAAACAUGCCUCGAGCCUGGGCAGCAGCGGCAACAGCCACAACAACAACCACAACAACAACAGCAGCAGCAACAACAACAACAACAACAACAGCAAUGGCGAAGAGCCGUCCAGCUCGAUUCCUGAUCUAGAAUUCGAUGGCACCACUGUGCUGUGUCGCGUCUGCGGAGAUAAGGCCAGCGGCUUUCACUAUGGCGUGCAUUCCUGCGAGGGCUGCAAGGGCUUCUUCCGUCGCUCGAUACAGCAAAAGAUCCAAUAUCGCCCAUGCACCAAGAAUCAGCAGUGCAGCAUUUUGCGUAUCAAUCGCAAUCGCUGUCAAUAUUGUCGCCUGAAAAAAUGCAUUGCCGUUGGCAUGAGCCGUGAUGCUGUUCGCUUUGGUCGCGUGCCGAAGCGCGAAAAGGCGCGUAUUUUGGCCGCCAUGCAGCAGAGCACACAGAAUCGCGGUCAACAGCGCGCGCUGGCCACCGAGCUGGAUGAUCAGCCACGCCUACUCGCCGCCGUGCUGCGCGCCCACCUGGAGACGUGCGAAUUCACCAAGGAGAAGGUCUCGGCGAUGCGACAGCGUGCCAGAGACUGCCCCUCCUACUCCAUGCCCACCCUGCUGGCUUGUCCGCUGAAUCCCGCGCCUGAACUGCAAUCCGAGCAGGAGUUCUCACAGCGUUUCGCGCACGUCAUACGCGGCGUCAUCGACUUUGCGGGCAUGAUUCCCGGCUUCCAGCUGCUCACCCAGGACGACAAAUUCACGCUGCUGAAGGCGGGUCUGUUCGAUGCGCUGUUCGUGCGUCUCAUUUGCAUGUUCGACUCGUCGAUCAACUCGAUCAUUUGCCUCAAUGGCCAGGUGAUGCGUCGCGAUGCCAUCCAGAAUGGAGCGAACGCUCGCUUCCUGGUGGACUCCACAUUCAACUUUGCGGAGCGCAUGAACUCGAUGAAUUUGACAGACGCCGAGAUCGGACUCUUCUGCGCCAUCGUUUUGAUCACACCGGAUCGCCCCGGUCUGCGCAAUCUGGAGCUCAUCGAGAAGAUGUACAGCCGCCUGAAGGGCUGCCUGCAGUGCAUCGUCAGCCAGAAUCGGCCCGAUCAGCCCGACUUUCUGGCCAAGCUGCUCGACACUAUGCCCGAUCUGCGCACCCUCAGCACCCUGCACACCGAGAAGCUGGUCGUCUUUCGCACCGAGCACAAGGAGCUGCUGCGUCAGCAGAUGUGGAGCAUGGAAGAGGGAGACGGUGCGAGCAAGAGCCCGGCCGGCAGCUGGGAUGCCAUGGACGUGGAGGCGGCCAAGAGCCCGUUGGGCUCGGUUUCCAGCACGGAAUCAGCGGAUCUGGAUUACGGCACGCCCAGCAGCACGCAACUCCAGCAGCAGCAGCAACAGAGUACACCAACCCAAUCCUCCUCCUCAGCAUCCAGCGCCUCCUCCUCCUCCUCGUUGGCCAGCUCAGCACCCCUGCUGGCCGCCACACUCUCCGGCGGCUGUCCGCUGCGCAAUCGCGCCAACUCCGGCUCCAGCGGCGACUCGGGCGCUGCGGACAUGGACAUCGUUGGACAUCAUGCGCAUCUCACACAGAACGGCCUGACAAUCACGCCCAUUGUGCGCCACCCGCAACAGGCCCAGCAGCCACAGCAACAGCAGCAGCAGCAGCAACAGGUGAAUCAUCAGCAGCAGGUGAAUCAUCACCAGCAACAGCAUCCGCAGCUGCACCAUCACCUGACCUCGGGCGCCACGCGCUACCGCAAGCUGGACUCGCCCACCGACUCGGGCAUCGAGUCGGGCAACGAGAAGAACGAAUGCAAGGCCGUCAGCUCCGGCGGCAGCAGCUCCUGCUCGAGUCCGCGCUCCAGCGUCGACGACGCGCUCGACUGCAGCGAUGCGGCGCAGGCAGUCGCAGCCGUAGCCGGCGUCGGCGUCGGCGUUGUCUCCGUUUCGCCGGUGCGCUCGCCGCAGCCCUCGAGCAGCGCCAACCUGAAGCGCCAGAUUGUCGAGGAUAUGCCAGUGCUGAAGCGGGUGCUCCAGGCGCCGCCGCUCUACGACACCAACUCCCUGAUGGACGAGGCCUACAAGCCGCACAAGAAGUUCCGCGCUCUGCGCCAUCGCGAGUUCGAGUCAGCCGAGGCGGAUGCCAGCAGCUCCACCAGCAUGCCGGCCCACAGUCCGCGCCAGAGUCCCACGCCCACGCCCACACCGACGCCCUCGCCCCACAACGGCGCCGCCGCCCACAUCAGCGUGGUGCAGACGCCGCCGCCCCCAGCAGCAGCUGCAGCAGCAGCGAGCAGUCAGCUGCACAUGCACCUGACACGCAGCACGCCCAGCCAACAGCAGCAGCAGCAGCAGCAGCUGGGCUCAUCGAUGGCCAGCACGCACUCGGUUUUGGCCAAGUCUCUAAUGGCCGAGCCGCGCAUGACGCCGGAGCAGAUGAAGCGCUCGGACAUCAUUCAGAACUAUUUGAUGCGCGAGCCGGCGACGGCGACGGCCAGCAGCACCACGGGCGGACGCAGUCCGAGCAGCCAUUGCCCCUCGCCCUCCACCAGCUCCCCGCCCCCAGYUGCACAGCAGCAGCAGCAACAGUUGCAGCUGCAGCAUCAGCAACAGCUGCGCUGGUCCACCACCAGCUGCCAGCAGCGUCAGCAGAGCGUCUCGCCGCACAGCAAUGGCAGCAGCUCCAGCUCCUCGUCCAGCUCCUCAUCCAGCUCCACCUCCAGCGCCAGCAGCAGCAGCAGCACCGGCAGCAGCAACAGUUGUCAGUAUUUCCAGUCGCCGCACUCCACCAGCAGCAGCGGCAACGGCAAUGCCACCACCACCUCAGCGGCAGCCACCUCCAGCUGCAUUGUGAGUGCGCCGCCGCGUGCCUCGCCGCUGAUUGAGCUGCAGGUGGACAUCGCUGAUCCUGCCCAGCCGUUGAAUCUGUCCAAGAAGUCGCCGACGCCGCCGCCGAGCAAGCUGCAUGCGCUCGUUGCUGCCGCCAAUGCGGUGCAGCGUUAUCCAACACUGUCCGCCGAUGUCACCGUGACGGCGGCCAGCAGUGCGGUCGUCACUGUGGCCACGCCCAGCAGCACGCCGCCCACCAGCAGCAGCAACGGCAGCAGCAGCAGCGGCAGCGGCGGCUUGGCAACCGUGCACAAAGUCAUGUUGGAGGCGUAAGCAGAGAGAGACUGAAGCGCGGGGCGUGGUCGACAUUUCCUUAAGGCAUCGGUAGCAGCGACAGCCACAGCCACGCCUCCUCACCAAAAAA